AGUCCAUCAGUCCGAUUCUAAAUAUACAAACAAUCAAAAUAUAAUAUACACGACGUUCGAAGCACUGUUGUAUCCUAAUCUAACUAAACAUACGUAGAUACCCGGUCCAACAAUUCCACUUCUCCGAUGACCUCAUCCUUAACUCGAACUCAUCUACAUCCAGCUCUACAUUAUCCUGCACUUUGUACUCUAGGUCAUCUUUAAUCUUCGACCUAUGCUUACCAACCGUUACUAAUUUCAGCCCUCUCCACUGUUCUUUCCGAGUGUAUAUAUAUACGUAUUUUCCAAAAACAUGAGAAAGAAAGUUCGUUCUGUUCAGUCUAAAGCCACGAGCCAAAUCUACCGAGUUUAUUACUACUGCAUACGCUUAAAAAAUCUUCGCAUAAAUUUCCGUUCGGAGUUGACUCUUAUUAAAUAUAAUAAAUAUCACCUCUACGGAAUACAAUACAUAUAUUUUGGCGACGAGGAUAGGAUGUUCAGCACUACAUAUACCUACAGUGAAUAUAAGUGGAAAUAGCGAGUCUACCUUGAGGACCGAGUAGCAACAUUCAAGUUGCUGAGGACGUGGACAUCGAAAGAGACGAAGUACGAGGAAACAGUGUACCAGAGGAAAUUCUGCAACCUGGUUUGAAAUUACUGGAUCUAGCAACGUCAGCACCGAUCGCAGAGGAAAAGCUUCCACACGAACCGGAAACGAUGAGACGGUCAAUCAUCUUCGCUGCAUUAAUUGUCUUUCCGUUAAUCGCCGCUGGAAACAUGACACCUAUCAACUACGUUGCAGAACUCGUGAACGCUAUGGACACUUACGAAGCAGCUGAUGCGCCAGAUAUCUAUAAACAGAUAAGGAACAUUUCAGAUAUCUGCGAGAAUGAAUCGCUAAGACUCAAUUUAUCUAGAUCGUUAUACAUGACAAGAAGUUUCGUCAUUUCUUCUUCCAUAAGAUGUAUUACCUUAAGAUCUCCCGGACUUCGUAUGAUGUCAGGAGCAUUCGAGGAUUUACCGAAUUUGAAGUAUCUUGAUCUACGAGAAAACCAAAUUGAUACGAACGAUUUAUUCUCUUUUGGCCCACUUCCGACCGUUGAAGUGCUACUUCUUGGAGGUCAAAACUCUUAUAUUCAUUUAGGAGAUAUAGAAAUAAACAAUGUAUAUUCUGAACUUGAAUACUUGGACUUAAGUAAUAUUGGCAUUGGGUACAUCACAGUCAGGCAAGAAAAUCCAUUUCCAAAAUUGAAAUACCUCAAUUUCGCACAAAACAGGAAAGAAGAGUUUUCCUUUGGUUCCUCGUUAUCUGACAGUCUAAUAUAUCUUGACCUCAGUAAGAACUUAAUCACGUCUUAUGCGCCAAGAUUGACUAAUCUGUCGCUCUUGUGGUUAGCUGAAAAUGAAAUUGAACAAAUAGGUGAAGGUGGACUUAAUUUAUCGGCAUUGAAGCAGUUGGAAAUUUUAUCAGUAGCGGAUAACCGAAUCAGUUCCAUCGAUGAGGGAGCAUUUACAAGCUUAGCGAAUCUUCGAUAUUUAAAUCUAUCCGGCAACGCUUUAUCUAUUGGCAACUUAGUGUCCCUUAACUUUUCGGAAUCAUUCGAGAUCCUUGUAUUAGAUCGCAAUUCGUUAGUAGAUAUUCCGAACCUAAAUUCGUCAACCAUAACGACGCUUUCAUUGAAAUGUAAUCAAAUACAAUAC